AGAAUGUCAGAAGAGGAAGAUCCGGAUGGGACACCGCUUCCCUCCCCACCGAGCCUCCCUGCUUCCCGGCCGCAGGAAGCUCCAAGCUUCUGGACACGGACCUAUUGACAUAAAUGAUAUGCAAACGCAAGUAAAUGUAACUUUCCGCAUUUGCUGCAAGUUCAAAUUUCGUCGAUCGGGGUUAAGCGGACAGAUCCCAGUUAUCCCAGUUCCGACCCCACGCCGUUUGGAGGUUCGGGGCGAGGGAGGAAGUGGCUCCGGAUGGAGAGUAAAGUGACAAUCAGACGAGGAAAAGCAGCCUUUCCUCCCGGGGGAGCAGAGGCGGCAGGGCAGGCCGAGGGAACCUGCAGAGGGCGGUUUCUCUCCUCUUUUCCUGUCCCACCCAGUCGGCCGGCCCCCCCACCCCCACUCCCGGCCGGCCUCCGCCGCUCGCUCUGCGCCCGGGUCCGCGGCUUCCUCCCGCUCUGUGUCCCUCGGCGUUUCUCUGCGAAUCUCCGCCGUUCCCGCCCCUCGGAGAGUUCAAAAGGACGCGCGGAGUGGCGCCGGGCCCUUCCGCGGGAGCCCGUCCGACUGGUAAGAUCUGCUCUCUCUCCACUUGCUGCAAUGGCUAGCUUGCUAACCACGCCUUCUCCAGGAGAAGAACUGACGACCACCCCAAUCCUGCAGCCCACGGAAGCCCUGUCCCCAGAAGCCGAGGCCAGCACGGCUCUCAUAGCAGUUGUUAUCACCGUGGUCUUCCUCACCCUGCUCUCAGUCGUGAUCUUGAUCUUCUUUUACCUGUACAAGAACAAAGGCAGCUACGUCACCUACGAACCUGCAGAAGGCGAGCCUGGCGCCAUCCUCCAAAUGGAGAGUGACUCAGCCAAGGGCAGGGAGAAGGAGGAAUAUUUCAUCUAAUGAUUCCCGGGCCCCAAGGAGCUUACCCAGGCUCCAGGGUUAACACUAUUUAAUUUAUUAGGUGAAAGUUUUAUCUGAAACCAGUGAGAAGCACUGAUCGAUAGGGGCAAACCUGAGCUCCUUCUAGGACACAGGCCCAAAUGAAUGCCAGCAUCACUGACACCAGGGACACGGAGCAAACUGCUUAUGAUGUCUUUCGCCAAGCCUUUCUAAUAUAGCGGGUUUCCGUGGCUGCUCAGCAAGGUGGAGCUAUACCAGACAACAUGAGUAUGUGCCCAAUCCUCUUGCGGUUUUUCAAGCUCAAAGGGAAGGAGAGUUAAGAGUCGCCGGCUGCUCCUCUGUCCCCUACCCGGUCACUAGUUGACAGCCUGAGCAGAGAUAGUGUCCGUACCAGCUCUUGACGGGUGCUGGAUACCACAGUAAAGGCCAGACCAGGAGGGGAAGGAGACUAUGGAAACCCCACCUCCUGACCAAUGUGCUAUACCCUCUGAGCCUUUUUUCCUUUCCAUGUUCCCCAACAACCUUAAACUGAUGGCUACUGUUUUUAUCACAAUUAAAAAUGUUCAUUGAUAAUAGAAAUCCGA